AUUUCCGUUGUUCAAUGACAAUGAAUGGGCGCUAUAUAAAAGAUUGCUGUUAUGUACAAUAUAUAUCAUUUUAAAUUGUUUUAGGAAGGGUCGGAAUAAUUGGUAUUAAAAACUAAAUCUUUCAUGUAUAUUUACAAACUAAUACAACAGGUAUUAAAUAUUUCAAAAAUAAAGUACUCGAAUUAUAAAGGUUAGAUUUAUCUUAUGAUGUAUCAAAAAAUGAAUCUCGAAACAGAAUAUUUAUCGGAAGAACAUUUGACUGGUUUUGAAAAUUAUAAAUAUAGCUCAUUGGAUACGAGUCCCCUUAGUGUGUAUGUUAUGCAUCCAUUUUGGAAUAAAGUUGUUGAGUAUUGUCCAAAGUGGGUAGCACCAAAUGUAUUAACGUUCUCUGGAUUUCUUUUUACCGUAUUAAACUUUGUGGUAUUUGCAACAUUUGAUUAUUAUUUUUAUGCAUCAAGUGAUGAUCAUUCACAAUAUUCUCCUAUACCUCGUUGGGUAUUUGCAAUAGCUGCAUUUAAUAUCUUUAUGGCAUAUACACUUGAUGGUAUUGAUGGAAAACAAGCAAGACGUACACAAACUUCUGGGCCUUUGGGUGAAUUGUUUGAUCAUGGUUUGGACAGUUGGACAGCAAUGUUAAUCACUGUUUGUAUGUACUCAGUUUUUGGAAGGACAGAUCAUAGUGUUUCCCCAUUACGAAUGUAUUUCAUACUUUGGAAUGUAUUUGUUAAUUUUUAUUUAAGUCACUGGGAGAAAUACAAUACAGGUGUGCUAUUCCUUCCUUGGGGAUAUGAUGCAUCUAUGUUGGCAACUAUCUUGGUAUUUAUCCUGACCAGCGUAGGAGGUCAUGAAGCAUGGAAAUUUUACUUGCCAGGAGGAAUAUCAGCAGGAAUAAUGUUUGAAAUGUUAUUAUAUGUUAGUGCCCUUGUAUCAAAUUUACCAGUUGUACUUUGGAAUAUAUACAAAUCAUAUAGAGAUAAGACAGGAAAAAUGAGAACAUUUCCAGAAGCAAUAAGACCAUUGGUGCCUUUAGUAUUAUUAUUUAUGAUUUCUACACUUUGGAUAUUAUUCUCACAACAAAAUGUAUUGGAAAAAGAUCCUCGUAUCAUAUAUUUUGCCAUUGGUACUACUUUUUCUAAUAUAUGCUGUCGUUUAAUUGUGUCUCAAAUGAGCAAUACUAGAUGUGAAAUAUUGCCAUGGAUAUUAUUACCGGUGACAAUAGCAGCUAUUCUUUCAUUUGUCUUGCCUGAAAUAGAUCUUAAAUCUAUGUACUUUGUAUCAAUUUUAUCCUUACUUGCCCACAUUCACUAUGGUACCUGUGUGGUGCGCCAAAUGUGCCGUCAUUUUCGAAUUCAUACAUUCCAUAUAAAGGAUCAUUCUGAUUGACUACUUGUGGAUAAUACAUGUUAGAAAUAAAAAGAACAACAGACCGGAUAAGAGGCAAUAAGAAUAAAAAGGAAAGGAGAUUUGGAACCCAAUGGUUAGUGACAUACGAAAAUCAUAGAUCAAAUAAUAACUCACUUGUAUAGGAAACCGAAGUAAUUUAAGUCUAAUAUUACUACAAUGUAACUAUUUAAAAUUGUAAGCAUACACUCCUUUACUUGACACCUGAUAAAUGUCAUAUUGAUUUAAAUAUGUCAUCAAUUCCUUUAAGUAAUGGAGCAAAAUUGUCUAAUUUAUUGAUUAUUGACUUCAUAUAUCAUUAUUUUACUAUAAUUUUUAGCUUAACUUUAUCUGUACGUGUGAAUAUUCACCUUUAUAUUACUAAUUUCACUACAUAUAUAUAUUGAAUGUGUUUUUAGUUCUUACAGGUAUUAUUCCUUAUAUGUUGUGUAUUGAUAGUUAUUUGUAUACUUAUGUAUAUCGUGAAUACAUGUUUAUAUGUUUUAUCUUAUUGAAUUAACACUUGAAAAUAUGUUUGAGAAAAUUUUUUUAAAUUAUGCCAAAAAAUAAUCACCAGAUGACUUUAUAAUUGAACUGAUUGUGAGUACUGAGUAUUUGGCUAUUAUAAUAUUACUGAAAAAAUUUGAAUAACAUGUAACGUGUUAAUUUAUUUUGGUUCUUAAUAAUUCAAAAAGUAUAAUUAAAAUAAUCAAGACGAUUACUUUAUAAGGAAUUACGUACUUUAGAAAUCUCAAUUUUACUUUACGUACAAGGAAAAUAAAAUAAAUACAUUAAUCUUGAACUACAUAUAUAAAUAUUGAUAAAAAAUGUUACUUAUGAUAUUAUAUAAAUAUAAAUGUAUUCACUCCAA